AUGGGCCGGAAGGUGACCGUGGCCACCUGCGCGCUCAACCAGUGGGCUCUGGACUUCGAGGGCAACCUGCACCGGAUCCUAAAGAGCAUCGAGAUCGCCAAGCAGAAGGGAGCCAGGUACAGGCUGGGCCCAGAGCUGGAAAUAUGUGGCUAUGGGUGCUGGGACCACUAUUACGAGUCGGACACCCUCCUGCACUCUCUGCAAGUGCUGGCCGCCCUGCUGGAGGCUCCGGUCACUCAGGACAUCAUCUGCGAUGUGGGCAUGCCCGUGAUGCACCGUAAUGUCCGCUACAACUGCCGGGUGAUCUUCCUCAACAGGCGGAUCCUGCUCAUCAGACCCAAGAUGGCCCUGGCCAACGAAGGGAACUACCACGAGCUGCGCUGGUUCGCCCCGUGGGCCCGCGGCCGGCAGACGGAGGACCACUUCCUCCCGCGGAUGAUCCAGGAGGUGACCGAGCAGGAAACCGUGCCGUUCGGCGACGCGGUGCUGGCCACACGGGACACCUGCAUCGGCAGCGAGAUCUGCGAGGAGCUCUGGACGCCCCAGAGCCCGCACAUCGCCAUGGGCCUGGACGGUGUGGAGAUCUUCACCAACGCCUCGGGCAGCCACCACGUGCUGCGCAAGGCCCACGCCCGGGUGGGCCUGGUCACCAUGGCUACCGCCAAGAACGGCGGCAUCUACCUGCUGGCCAACCAGAAGGGCUGCGACGGCGACCGGCUGUACUACGACGGCUGCGCCAUGAUCGCCAUGAACGGCGCGGUGUUCGCGCAGGGCGCCCAGUUCUCGCUGGACGACGUGGAGGUCCUCACCGCCACGCUGGACCUGGAGGACGUCAGGAGCUACCGGGCCGAGGUGUCCUCCCGGAACCUGGCGGCCAGCAGGGCGAGUCCCUACCCCCGCGUGAAGGUGGACUUCGCCCUCUCCUGCCACGAGGACCUGCUGCAGCCGCUGUCGGAGCCGGUGGAGUGGAAGUACCACAGCCUGGGCGAGGAGAUCAGCCUCGGACCCGCUUGCUGGCUGUGGGAUUUCUUAAGACGAAGCCAUCAGGCGGGGUUCUUCCUGCCCCUGAGUGGCGGCCUGGACAGCGCGGCCACCGCCUGCCUCGUCCACUCCAUGUGCCACCAGGUCUGCGAGGCUGUGCGGAGUGGAAAUCCCGAGGUGCUGGCCGACGUCCGGGCGCUGGUGGGCGAGGCCGGCUACACCCCCCAGGACGCCCGUGAGCUGUGCGGCCGCCUGCUGACCACCUGCUACAUGGCCAGCGAGAACUCCUCCCAGGAGACCCGCGACCGGGCCCAGGAGCUGGCGCAGCAGAUCGGGAGCCACCACAUCGGCCUCAGCAUCGCCCCCGCGGUGACGGCGGUCCUGGGCAUCUUCAGCCUGGUGACGGGGAGGAGGCCUCUGUUCGCGGCGCACGGCGGCAGCAGCAAGGAGAACCUGGCCCUGCAGAACGUGCAGGCGCGGCUCCGGAUGGUGGUCGCCUACCUCUUCGCUCAGCUGAGCCUGUGGGCCCGGGGCGCCCCCGGGGGGCUGCUGGUGCUGGGCUCUGCCAACGUGGACGAGAGCCUCCUGGGCUACCUGACCAAGUACGACUGCUCCAGCGCCGACAUCAACCCCAUCGGCAGCAUCAGCAAGACGGACCUGCGCGCCUUCGUCCAGUUCUACGCCGAGCGCUGCCAGCUGCCCGCCCUGCAGCGCAUCCUGGCCGCCCCGGCCACCGCCGAGCUGGAGCCCCUGGCCGACGGACAGGUGUCCCAGACGGACGAGGAGGACAUGGGGAUGACGUACGCCGAGCUGUCGGUCUAUGGGAGGCUCCGGAAGAUCGCCAAGGCCGGCCCCUUCAGCAUGUUCUGCAAACUCCUCCACCUGGGGAGGGACGCCUGCACCCCCCGGCAGGUGGCCGACAAGGUGAGGCGCUUCUUCUCCAAGUACGCCGUGAACCGGCACAAGAUGACCACGCUCACGCCCGCCUACCACGCCGAGAGCUACAGCCCCGACGACAGCAGGUUCGACCUGCGGCCCUUCCUCUACCACGUGGGCUGGCCCUGGCAGUUCCGCUGCAUCGAGAGCCAGGUGCUGCAGCUGGAGCGGCGGGAGCGGCAGGAGCUGGACGGCGUGGACUGA